UACAGGAAACGUGGUGGCCGAUCUGAAACAUCGCCCUCUGCUGCGUCGUUUCUUGGACCGGACACGUUGCUAGCAGACGACAGCGGCGUCAACGGCUGCUCCGCUGUGGUUUUUCCCCGACUUCGCCGACAAACGGACCGACUCAGUGCGCGAUUGCAUGCAUCUUUGUGAGCACGUCAACGGAAAGGUCUCAUUCAGUCACUCUGUCUGGCAGACCGUAAAAGAGCGCCAUCGACGCCAGUACAGUCUCAACAUGAGGAUUGCACCUGCCAGGGUCGUUGGUGGUUCCUUGAUCUUCUCUUUAGUGAAUGGCAGUCCACAACAGCAGCCCUUGCUUUGAAGCUCGUGCUCUCUGUGUAUAUCGUAGUGCUGUGACGUUUUGCUGCUCACCCGAACCAACUUACUAAGUGAAGUCCUAAAGUUGCCGAUCGAGCGAGUGAGGCUAACGUGUCCGGCUCUCGGAGGUCAGCCAUGGGUCCCGUGCUGGCGCGAAUGAACUCGCUCACCGAUGGUGGCUUCUACAUUUCGGUCGUCACUGGUGACCGACGUGGUGCUGGUACUGAUGCUAACGUCUGGAUGCGUCUGCAUGACGUUGAUGGCCGGAAGUCUCCCGUCAUCACGCUCAACCACCCCUUCAAGAACGACCACGAGCGAGGCGAAACGUCCUCCUUCUCCAUCAAACCAAUCCACAACUUUGGAGCACUCGCCAAGGUGGAGGUGUGGCGCGACAGCUUCGGCUUCGGCCACGCCUGGUUCGUGGACCGCAUCGAGGUGCAAGACCAGCUGUCAGCCGAGCUGUACGUGUUUCCAUUCCACCGGUGGCUGCCCGCCGACCAGCACUUCUUCGUCGCGCUCUACGACUGCGUGCUGCCCCACGACGACCCCCACCAGGACCAGCGCAGACAGGAACUGCAGCGCAAGCGGAAGCUUUACCGCUACAAGGCGUGGAUACCCGAGGGACCCACUCAGGCCUACCGCCUUCCCGAAGAUGAACAGUUCAGUCACGAAUACAAAUGGGACAUAGUGUCGAUGAAGGCGAGGAUGAUGGUCGAAACCAAACUCAUCAUGAUCAAGGUGACACACUGGCAAUCCAUGGACGACCUCCGUCGGGUCUACAAGUAUAGUCUCGGAGAGCCCAGAUGCCUUGAUCAUUGGAACGAAGAUCGAUGGUUUGGUCUGCAGCGGGUUCAAGGCGUCAACCCUUUCCUUAUAACACUUUGCAAAGCCAUUCCAGAAAAGUUUGGCGUGGAAGACUACAUGGUCGAACCGUUCCUGGAGGGAAUGAACUUGGUCGAAGCAAUGCAGAGAAACAGAAUCUUCAUGACAGACAUCGCUAUUGUCGAAGGCGUCCCACUAAUGACAAAGGAAACGCUGUGGGGAUCCAUGGCGCUCUUCUUCCUGAACAAGAGGAACGACCUGAUGCCCAUCGCCAUACAGCUGAGGCAGCAGAAAGGCGUGGACAAUCCGGUGUUUCUGCCAUCCGACCCACCAUUUACGUGGAUUGCAGCCAAGAUGUACUACAACAACUCGGACGCCAGCUACCAUCAGUCUUGCUCACACCUAGGUUUCACGCACCUGCUGAUGGAAGGCGUCACCGUCUGCACUCAUCGCAACCUGAGUCCUUCGCACCCUUUGUUCAAGCUCAUGGCACCACACUUUCUUUUCCUGAUUGCCAUCAACUCUCGUGGUAUCAGUAAACUGGUAAGCCCGGGAGGCUGGGUGGACAAGACGUUGGCCGUCGGAGUCAAGGGGAUGUUCGAGAUCAUUCGCCGAGGUCUAGAAGUCUGGAGGCUCGACCAACAUGGAAACCCGGAGAAAGACAUUGAAUCGAGAGGGGUUCUCAGUCCGGAGAUUCUGCCUUGGUAUCCGUACCGGGAUGAUGCAAUUAGAAUUAACGCGGCCAUCAGAAAAUACGUCUCCAAAGUCGUCAACUACUAUUAUGAUACGCCAGAGAAACUCAAGAACGACUAUGAACUGCAACAGUGGAGAGAUGAGCUCGUCAAAGAACGUCAUUUGACAGGCGUUGGAUUAAAGGGCGUGCCAGGCGACGAGCACGGGCAGUUCACAGACGUGGAGCAAGUGAUCGACACCGUGACUGCCAUCAUACAGCAGUGCAGCGUGGGACACGCGGCGGCGAACUUCCAGCAGUACGAGGAGUACGCCUUCCCGCCCAACUACCCGGCGUUUCUCUACAAUGGACCGCCUACAGACAAGAGGGCGUGGACGCAAGAAGAUAUCGUUUCCAUUCUACCAUCUCGGCACGUCACGCUCGACAGCAUGAUCAUCACGAAGCUUCUGAGCAGCAAGGGCACAAACUCGCUGGGCGACUUCGAGAUUCAAUACAUGUACGAGCCCUUCGCUGUCAAGGCAGCCGACGAGUUUCGAGAGGAGUUGAGGUUAAUCAGCGAGGACAUCAAGAAGCGAAACUGUUGCAAAGACUUUCCCUACCCAUAUCUCGACCCUGAGAUAGUCCCGAAUUCCAUCAGCAUAUAAGGGACUCAGGCGAUUGACCCUUCUGGUACCCUUCAUCAAGCUCAACAAGCACAUUCACUGCUUAAAUGUUUAUUUAUAUUCAAUCACUGAUGUACAAAAUGCGCUGAAAUUUCGCCAUACGGAAUAAAAAAUGCUGCUCAAUAAAUCAGGUAUCAACUGCC